GCGCGGUGUUCCAGGCUGCCCGUUGUGCCCGUCUUUGUUAGGUCGACGACGACGUCGUGGCGGACGACCUCCGGGUUAGAGUGUGCAGGACUGUCUGCACCGCCAUGUGAACGUUUAUGCCCUCACCACGGACAGACCCAGCUUGCUGCGCCGCUCCAUCUCCGUUCUCUCCAGCGGGCCGCCUCUGUCUCCUAGGACGCUCCCCGAUGGAUGGGCCAGCAUCAGCCGCACUACCGGAUGCUUCUCCUCGAGGUUGUCCUCUGGGCUUCCGAUUCCGGGACGGCGAGGCAGUGGGCUAGUAGUAGGGCAGGCGACGACACAGCGGCGGACAUGUGCGGACCAGAGGGAAAUGUUCACGAGCUUGUAGGCCGUACCAGACCAGUCCGUGGUGACCGUCCCAAUCGAAGUCGCGAGGAAUGGCACCGCUCUCGCCCGCCCCAGCUCGACUCAACGGACAGUGAAUAUGGAGCAGGUAGGUCAAGAAUUAGCUAUAAAGUGGUUGUUAAUGUUGGUUAUAUAGAGGUUCAGACGGUAGUGAUUGGGAGGGAGCAAGAGUUAAUGUGGGAAGGCCCGAGCUUGGGGAGCGGUAGGAAAGAGCGGUAUGAGGGCACGUGAGGGCGCAGUCUUUCCAAAUAUGUCAAUUCCCGACGCAAGGAGGAGGAUCUGCUCAGUACAGACGCUGAACAAGUAAUGCAAACGUCCGAAUCUCUUGUUGCGCGUACCAUUGCUACGCACAGAAAAUCUUGCAUGAUGUCGCUGC